AAUGCGGAAGAGAAGAUUUCAGCCAGUGACAACACAACGCAGAAACGUUAUAUCUGUAACCCGUUAGAAAUUAAGUUCAUAACUUUAUCUUAUCUCCUACCAGCCCAGAAAUGGACGGCUCUGUCAAAGCAUCUCUGGACUCUAACGCUGGACCGCCAGCUUAUUACAGAGGGUGAGGAACCGACCAACUUAAUACUCAAAAAGCUGACUUAGCUGGCUAGCCUUGUAGCUUAGCGUGCUAAUAUCUCUGCUCUGUGCGUAUAUGACUGGCCUGGAUAUCCUCCUCUCAUCUAUACUGAUGCAAAAGUUCGAAAGAGUUUGAUUUGAUGUGGCAUUAUCCUGAACCUCAAUAUUAGACAUGACCAGCGGACAUAUCCUCAGUAUAAGUCAGCAUGUUACCGUGCCUGUGCUCCUCUUCUGUGUGUCGUGUGUUUAUAUGGGCUGACACAUGAAACUGUGCUCCUCUGCAGAAAUGAAGGCUCCCUGGUUUCAGCCCUCAAGACACUGCUGUUCUUCACCAUCCUGAUGGUGACCCUGCCCAUCGGACUCUACUUUGCAUCCAAGGCUUACAUCUUUGAGGGUGGGCUCCAUAACUCUGUUUGUGUUUGCAGGACUAUGAAACCCUCAGACUUUGAUUUGGUUUGUUCACGAGGAGGUUCAUCUGUCCCUAUCAUCUUCUCCAAGUCUAAUCUCUGUUCUUGAUCAAAGGGAUAUUCCGGCGUAAAAUUAAUUUAGGGUCAAACACACCAUAACACAGAGUCAGACACCCCCUUAAGAGAUGAAUGUUGUCAACCGCUUGCUUCUCUAGUUAUACCAAUUUUAGUAACGACCGCACGAUAGCAAUACACAGCGGUCUAUAGAACCACACACAAACUUCAACCCCCCCCCAAAAAAAACACUCUAUUGCCACAAAUAAUGCUCAGAACUGCACCUAAGUAAAUCAACAGAACAUAUAGGGUCUUAGCCAGAACACUAGCCACCAAACGUCUUUUUAACUUUGUCUGAUUUCUUUAGCAAAGAGACUAAACACAACUCACCUACUCUCCUCCAGUAGCCGCUUGUUUGUACGGAGACCUCAGGCCAGUCCAUUAUGGGCCACUGCGGGGGGACGCAGCUCAAGGAAAAACAUUUAUGAUAAUUUCUUCAUGGAAAUACAAUCAGACUGAGAUGCUAAGGCAGAAGAACUACUGCGUCUGCAGUACAAAAUUAUUAAUAUGGUGAUUAUUACUUCAAGGAAAUGAUAAAGAAAUGGUCAUAAAUGGUCUUUCUUGAGCCACGUCACCUCUCAGCAGUACCCAAUGGACUGGCCCGAGGUUCUGCUACAAACAAGCAGCUGAUGGAAGAGAGUAGGUGAGUUGUGUUUAGUCUCUUUGCUAAAGAAAUCAGGCAAAGUUAAAAAAGAUGUUUGGUGGCUGGUGCGAUGGCCGGAACAUCAUAUGUACUGUUCAUGAAGUUAGUUGCUGUUUUGAGCAUUAUUUGUGGCUAUAGAGUGGCGUUUUGGUUGAGGUUUGUUUAUGGCUCCUCAGACCGCUGUAUAUUGCUAUCUGCGGUCAUUACUAAAGUUGGUAUAACUGGAGAAGCAAGCGGUCGACAACAUUCAUCUUUCGAGGAGGUGUCUAACUCGAUGUUAUGGUGUGUUUGACCCUAAAUUAAUUUUACACCCGAAUAUCCCUUUAAGCAUUUGACUCCAAACAACAGAAAGUCUUUCCUAGGGUGAUAAAGACACACAGAGGUGUGUUAAUACAAUAUUAAUGAUGAGAAUGCAAGGUACUGGGUUUUGGCUGAAAGUCUGAUAUUUUCAGACUCAUUUUGGCUGAUACCAAUAUAUUCCAUUUUCUCCUGCACUACAACUUAUUUGUAACUUUUACUGCCACAGUUUGUUUUAGAAACAGACAAAAAAACAAGACAAAACUAAUUGGGCGGUAAAUGUUGAAUGUUUUCUUCUGGUUGUGUAUAUGACAACCUCGGCACGCUAAGCUACAAAAAUAGCUGUUUUGCUGUCUGCUCCAAACACUUCAAAAUACCUCCAUACAGUUUUUUUAAAGCUUAUGUUGCUGUGUGUAGGCUGUUAUUGUGUGUGCAAAAUUAAUGCAUCAGCAUAUCAACAGAACACAGCAGGAAUCUUCUUGUCUGCCAACAGUGAUGAUAAACUUUUGAAGCUUCUACCCCCCUAUAUCAUGGGCUGAUGUGCCAAUCAUAUUGUGCAUGCCUAAUAAGUAACAAUCAAUAUCCAUUAAAUUCCAAUAUUUAAGCUGGUACUUGUACAUUUUUAAAGCGAUUCCUUUUAAUGUUUGCAUUGUAAUUGUUGAUGCAUACAAACCUCAUAAGGGUUGAAACCAUGUUGGAGAUAAAGUAACCAUGUCUGUUGAGUCCAAUUACGAGCCUGAAAAACAUGAAUAGCUGACAAAAUAGAUUGUUUAUCACAUUUACCGACGGAAGCCUCCAACAGCUCUGAAAAAUGAUUUUUUUUACAUGAGAUAUUUAAGUUGAAGAGUGUUAAACAAGGUUUGAACAAAGGUGUGAUUUCUCAGGAGUAACUUUGUGCUAAUAUUUGGUUUGUCACUGUUCUCUUCCUUUUAUAUCAUUUUACUUAUUUUUUUUUUUUGUGUUAUUUUUUUUAUCUUUGUGGGCUGGGUAUCCUUAUGGCGCCCAACACAUUGUAUAUAAACUAAUACUACUACUCCCACUAUUUGACCGAGAGUUGUUCUAUCACACUUGAUUUUGUGCUGGUUUUCUGAAAGGACAGUGCAGCUGUGGUUACACUCUCUGUUCAGUCGAAUCCAUUCACAGCUGUGCUGAUAUUCAGUCCAACAGCACCACCUCAAGUGUGAUAUUCCUUUCAUUCAAAAGAUGUAGUUGCUGCAGCAGUAAGAGCAAUGGACAUUGCUAGAUAACAAUUUUUUUAUUUACUUAAUAAUUUAUUUAAAUUAGCAAACAAAACUAGUCCCACAGCUUCCCUGAAACCUGUCUGUUUACAAACAACACUGACAGUUUGAACUGUUACUGUCUUGCGUGUCUGUGAAUGGUUCAGCUGACGGGCUACUUUCCGUUAUGUUAAUUCAUCCUUGUAAUUCAAUUUGUCGUGCAACCAGUAAAAUACGAGCCUGUGGACAGCAGCUGUGGUUGCAUGUGUUUCUGAAAUACCAGUUUGAUUGAUCUAGAAGAAGGCUUGGCUGUAAUAAUUAUGUGACACUAAUUAGGCCUAUAUAGAAGAGAUACAUUUCCUUGAAUAUUCCAGUUAUGUGGUUUUCUACAGAAACACUCAAAAGAUGCCUUUCAUACAUCAAAAGUACUUGGUUGUUGCAAACUGUUGUGUAAUUCUUUGUAAUAUUUCUCCCCAAACGGUAUCUCAGAGUUAGGGAGCACAGAAUAAAAUCUCUAAAAAGACUCUCACACCGGAAUUUUAAGAAAUUGCGUUUUAUGUGAUUCUCCAGUCAGUUAAAGCUCAUCCCAAUUUAUUGUAACCUAAAAAAGGAUCUUGGUCUGGCUGCUCUUUCUACACUUAAAAAAACUCGCCAUGUCUUCUCUGGUAACUGUCUUCUGCCUCCUCCUCCUCUCAGGUUCGAUGAAGAUGUCGAGCUCUGACAGCUACUUCUACGCAGCCAUUGUUGCAGUGCUCGCCGUGCACGUGGUUUUGGCCUUGUUUGUUUAUGUGGCCUGGAACGAAGGCACGCCCAAAGGGAAGGGCAAACACGAUUAAGACUCUCCCUCAUCAGCUCGCAAGACCUGAGAUGGACAGACAGACAAGGGCACGGAUCCACAGCCCCUCACCACCCUCCACUGUGGGCUCCCACAGCAAAAACAGCACCAUCUACAGCUGGGAGACCUGGAUUGUGCUUAAGCUUUAACACUGGGGUUAGAGCAAGAGAGUACCUUGUUAUUCCCUGGCAUGAGGGAAUGGAGGGUUUGAUUUUUCACCAGCCUCAGCCUCAGACCUGAUUUUUGUCCUCUGAAGUAGUACCUCACAAACUGAGGAUGGCCACACAUUUUUAUGAGGCUUUGUUAUGAGAUGUUGUUUGGCAAUGCUUUGAGUCAGUUCAUUAUAAAGAGUUUUACAUGUUGGAAAACAUCUUGGGGGUUUUGGAUGAUGUGGGUGUGAAAAAUUGUAUAUUUGACUCCAAAAGACUCAUCAUCCACUCAGAGAAGGUUAUUUUAUUCUCUUGUCAGAUUUCACUUUUCAAAUAAGGCCAUAAUGUGCUCGACCUGUAGCUCUAUUUUGGAUCAGAAACUCGUCCUUAAAAUGCUCAGACUCAUCUUUCUGUCCUCGUAAACAUGUAGUCCAUGUUUUUGUUUUAAUGUGUUUGUGAACUGUGUUUGAGUGAUGCUUUGGAAUUUGGACCGGGAGCUUUAUGCAGGAUUAAAACGUAUUUCAAAGAGUGUUAUGUAGUGUAAAUGUUUGGUGAUCAGAGGAUGUAGAUGUUUGUGAAGUUGUGGUGUUGCAGAGGUGAAUGAUGACUUAGGAUAAUAAAUCUGCAAAAUUGUGACUUUUAAGUCUUUGUACGUGAUUUUUAGAGGCCAUUGGCAGAUAUGUUUUUAAUCAAGACCAUUUAUUUCAAUAACAGUUAAAUUGUGCAUGAAAAUGUUAGCAGAUUUAUAAACUCUAAUGUCAUGCCAAAAAUGACUCUCUUUAGUCUUAUGAUGUUUUCUUAGAGCAAAAACUUCAGUAACUACAAAGUGGCUGAAUCCUGGCUAAUAAAUAAUGAAUCAGUGGUCCAAUAAAAUCCGUACUGGGCCCAAUCAUGAGCCUAGUCACACUACGGGUCACAACUUCCUAACUUUUUCUGUUCAAUUGUUUAUCCCUGAAGCAAAUCUGACUGCAACAAUAUUAACAAGCCUGACAUACGAUAACAACAAGAUACCAUCAUGCAAACCUUUUAGAAUUUGUCGUCUCAUUCAUCGUCCUUCAAAGCUGGUUUCCUCUUGUUUUGAAACAAAUAUUUAAAAAUGUGGGUGCUCUUCUUAAAUUGAUUACCCUAACUUUACCCAAUCAAGUUGCCAUAACAACACAAGCUUUAUCUGACACUGAGACUACAGUUGCUGUCACAUGGUGGCAGCAAACAGUCAUCCUGUUCACACAGACAACACAAUAUGGGAGCCGAGACGAGAAGUGACAGAUGUCGAGCCAUAAUGACGUUUUCUGCCUCAGAAACCAUGUCAGCAGCUGAUUUCUGUUAACUUCUCCUCUAUGAUGUGUGAAUGUCUCUGCUCCCACACUGUGCUCAGCAUAGUUUGAUGUUGGGACUGUGCAGUCUGCAUCUAGUUUCACAAAGCUGGUGUUGAUGAUGAGGUGACAGGCCUGCGAGCGAUCAGACUGAUUUAGUCAGCAAACAUCAGAAGCUCGGCGUUCCCUUUGGCUGAUAUUUCAUCAGCCUACCCUUGAAGCAAUGAAAAAGUUGGUACAAGGGCGAGCUUCGCUGCUUGCUCUGUGUCAUUUUUUACACAUUAGCGGGUCUGGAGCAUCAUGUCUGUGUGAUGAAAAACAGGCCAGAAAGAGAGGGAUACAACAAACAUUUAAAUGUCACUUCUGCUGAUUUAAUCGUGUCUCACCAACAUUCAAAAGUUACUAUUCACAUAUGUGUGCCCCGAAUGGACAAAUAAAACAGCUGUUUUGAAAUAGCUGCUUAUAAUUUCGUGUGUUUCCACCAGUAAGAUUUUACAGUUUUCUUUGGAUUGCAUAAACGCUAAAAUAAAAAGUAUUACACAAUUAUCAAAACCUUCCACUCAAGGAGCUAAACAACUGACCAGAUUAGCACCACUAUAAGCACAAUGUUAGCCUCACACUUUUGGCAAACCAAUGCACUCAGUGAUUUUCAAAAAACUAAACACACUUGUAUAUAUUAGACAUGGAUGUAUAUCAUCAUGUUACUUACUUGCAACUUCCAAAGCACUGACUUUCAAAUGACCACACCUUUUUGCCAACUGGUUAAACACAACUCUCAGGAGCACAAACACAUGCUAAACUGCUCACAACACAGACACAACAAUCAGGUUUAAGCACUAUAAAAUAGCAGCAGGUGAGUUCACUUGACUUCAGCUCAUGCCAUUUUGGGCCCUUAAAACACACCUUGUGUUCUGACAUUUCUGGACCAACUGCACAACAUCAUCACAGUGUGUCAAAUGCAACAGAUGCAAUAAAAAAUCUGCACAGGUCCAGAACUAGUUUCAGCAGCAUCCUCAUUUUGCUGUGUUAUACAUUCCACCAUACUCUUGAUUUCUAAAUUCUGCUGAAGUGUGAUUGUCAACAUAAUGAUCUCCAGCCCAAGGAUCAGGUGCCCCUCAUUCAGGCCAUGGAGGAGGCCUGUGACCAAAGUGACACCACACCCAUUCAAGGAUGGAUUUGACACUCACAGCGGUUCGUUCCUCAUCGUCUUGACAUGAUAUCGCCUGUGAUGUUGACAAAUUCUCUGGCCAGAUCUAGCGCGAAGACGUAACCCCUAAUUUUUUCCCUAGUAGAUUUUCUUUUCUUUUUGACUCAUUUUCCAAUAUUUUAAAAUGUAAUUUAGUAUAGAGUUUGUAUAGAGAGGAAUAAAUGACAUUGUCAUCAGCCUGCAGAGUUGGUCAUGUGUUGUAUUUGGUGAAUUUUCUGUUUUGUAUAUUUGGACUUUUUCUGUGUACUUCACUUGCAGUACUCAAAAUAUUGAGAACUAGAAUUGCUAAAAGUGUUUUAGGUUUAGUACUGCAGUAUGUACCUGGUUCAGACAGAACCAGGUACAUGGGUAUAAUUGUGCGGGUGGGAGGUUUGGGGUUUUCUUGGGGAUUUUAAUGUUUCAUUUUGUUUUUAUGCUUUGUAAGGCACUUUGUGUUACAACUUGUAGGAAAAGUGCCAUAUAAAUAAAAUAAAGUUGAAGUUGAAGUUGAAUAAAGUCAUGAACCGUGCAUUCUCA